UUACUGCAAAGGAAACAUGUAUUCGAAAAAUCUGUGGUAGCCAAAUCCAACAGUAAGACGUUUCUUAUCGACAUUCUAUUGGAAGCAUGUCAUGAAGGAAGAUUAACUCGACAAGAACUUUUGGAUCAUGUGAAUACAAUGUUAUCCGCAGCCAUUGACACAACUGCCGUUACAAUAAAUUUUGUGACUUUUAUGCUCGCAAAUUUCCCAGAAGUACAGGAAAAAGCAUACAAAGAAUUAUCAGAAAUUUAUGGCAAUGAAUCUCCAAAAUCUGUACCAAUUAAAUAUGAUGAUUUGCAAAAAAUGGAUUAUUUGAAUCAAGUUAUUAAGGAAACAAUGAGACUCUUCCCUGCUGUUCCUGUGAUUGGACGAAUUUUAACAGAAGAUUUAAAAAUAGGAGAAACUAUUUUACCUAAAGGAGCUGAAACAAUUAUGUCUAUAUUACAUAUGCACCGAAAUAAGAAACAUUGGUCGAAUCCCUUGAUGUUCGAUCCAGAUAGAUUUCUUCCAGAAAAAAAAGAGCAUUAUUCGAAAUAUUUCAUACCGUUUAGUAACGGACUCAGAAAUUGUAUUGGUCAAAAAUAUGCGAUGAUUUCUAUGAAAGUCAUUCUAGCAACAUUGAUACGAACGUUUGAAUUUAAAGUAGAUAAAAAUAUCAAAAUAGAUGAAAUAAAACUUAAUACAGACAUAUCAAUGAGUACUGUAGAUCCUCUGAAAGUUAAAAUAAAAAAGGGAUUAUUAAAUUUAACAAAUGUAACAAUUUAGGUUAAAAGAAUAUGUAAAUGGG